GUUACAUGUGCUGGUGAGACAAGGCUGACGCCUACACUUGUGCCGCAGUGCAUGAGACGCACACCCCCUCCAUUGUUCCCAAUAGCUUCUCAGAGACUCAACUCUGCAACAAAGCCAUCCUCAUGCUUUCGACAUGCUUCAAUCCCACUCCCCCGCUGCCUCUUCAAUACAUACAUGCACCUACUACCUGGACAUCUUUCUCCGUGUUGCCUUGAAGGCCAACUUCCCCCUCCACCCGACCAGACCCAAAUCGACAGACGACGCCUUUUCAAUCGUCGUGACGCAAGCAUCCUUUUCAUACUGCUGCUGCUGGACGGCGCCUUCUCUCUCUCAUCACCACUUUGACUCACGUUAACGUGGCUUCAGACCAGCUCUCCCCAGCGGCACCAGUCAGGACAGCUGUCGGCGCUGAGCACUUACAGCACAAGAAACACACUUAGGGAGGCCCUGCCGGACAGUAGCACCCAGCGUGCUUGGAUUGCGGUCGAGUGAGCC